AUGAUGCAAGCUCUCUUGGUAACUAUAUGCUUAGCGGUUUUUCCAUAUCAAGGAAGCUCUAUAAUCCUGGAAUCUGGGAAUGUUAAUGAUUAUGAAGUAGUGUAUCCACAAAAAGUCCCCGCAUUGCCCAAAAGAGGAAUUCAGAACGCUGAGCCAGAGACCAAGUAUGAAGAUACAAUGCAAUAUGAAUUUAAAGUGAAUGGAGAGCCAGUGGUCCUUCACCUAGAAAGAAAUAAAGGACUUUUUUCCAAAAAUUACACUGAGACUCAUUAUUCCCCUGAUGGCAAAGAAAUUACAACAAGCCCUCCGGUUGAGGAUCACUGCUAUUAUCAUGGACACCUCCAGAAUGAAGCUGAAUCAACUGCAGUCUUCAGUGCAUGCAAUGGCUUGAAAGGACAUUUCAAGCAUCAAGGGAAGACAUACCUUAUUGAACCCUUGAAGCUUUCUGACACUGAAGCCCAUGCAGUCUACAAUUCUGAAAAUAUAGAAAAGGAGGAUGAGAGCCCCAAAAUCUGUGGGGUAACCCAGACUACUUGGAAAUCAGAUGAGCCCAUCAAAAUGACCUCUCAGUUAAAUCUCACUCCUGAACAACAAGACAGAUACUGGCAGGCCCAAAAAUAUAUUGAGUUUUUCAUAGCUGUAGACAACAGAAUGUGCCUGAAAUACGAGCACGAUUUAGCUGCUAUAAGAACAAGAAUAUAUGAAAUUAUCAACACUUUAAAUAUGAUGAUGAGACCUUUGCGAAUUCACCUUGCACUGGUUGGCAUAGAAUUUUGGACCGACGGAGAUAAGAUUUACGUGCAGGAAUCGACGGAUGCCACUUUGGAGUUAUUUGAAACAUGGAGAGAAACAGAUUUGCUGCCACGCAAAGGAAAUGAUAAUGCUCAAUUACUCACGGACAUUGACUUCGAAGGAGCUUCUGUAGGAUAUGCUCCCAUAGGCAGCCUCUGCAGGUCAAAGGAAUCUGUAGCAAUUAUUCAGGAUCAUACCAAAGAUACACGUUUGAUGGCAACUACAAUGGCCCAUGAGUUGGGUCAUAAUCUGGGCAUUGAGCAUGACACAAAUGUCUGUAUUUGCCCUGCUAACAAAUGCAUUAUGACUCCGGAACUAAAUGGUGUCCCUCUCUAUGACUUCAGCUCUUGUAGUGUUGAGCAAUGCAAGAAUUUUCUAACUUCAAAACUCCCAGAAUGCAUUCUCAACAAACCCUCGAAAACAGAUGUUGAUGCACCUGCAGUUUGUGGAAAUUACUUUGUGGAGGUGGGAGAAGAAUGUGACUGUGGCUCUCCUGAGGAUUGUCAAAGUACCUGCUGCGAUGCUGCAACUUGUAAGCUGAAACCUGGGGCACAGUGUGAUGCUGAAGAGUGUUGUGAGCAAUGCAGAUUUAAGAGUGCAAUAACAGUGUGCCGGCCAGCAAAGGAUGACUGUGAUGAGGCUGAUCUCUGCACUGGCCAAUCAGCUGAGUGUCCCACAGAUAGCUUCAAGAAGAAUGGAGAACCAUGCCAAAACAACCAAGGUUACUGUUACAAUGGAAAAUGCCCCACCAUGCAUAAACAAUGUCUUGAUUUGUUAAAUAAUGCACCAGAUGCAGACGUGUCUCCAGAUAUAUGUUAUGAUAUAUUAAACCGAGGAGGGUAUGAUUAUGGCUACUGCAGAAGGGAAAACGAUGUAAAGAUUCCAUGUGGACCACGGGAUGUAAAGUGUGGCAGGUUAUACUGCAGACAUGGAAACAAACUGCAAUGCAAAACGAAAUAUUUUCCAGAAACGGAAGAUGAUGGAUUGGUUACAGCUGGAACAAAAUGUGGAGAUGGAAGGGUCUGCAGCAACGGGUAUUGUGUUGAUGUGCGGACAGCCUACUGA